AAUAUUUUUGACUGUUGCCAUCACUAUUGUGCACUAUAAAUUGUCAAAUUUUACGCAUGAAAUUCAAUUUUUAAAAUAGCAAUUAACAACAAAAUGGCACAAAUCGUAUUGGAAAUACAAACUAACAACGAUGAAAAUCUCAUCGAACGUCGAUUUGCAUCCGAAAUGACGAUACCUGAUCUGAAAAAUCGUCUAGAACUAAUAACAGGAGCAUCGGCUUCUGAGAUGGAAUUAAUAUUUCGAGAUUCAUCUGGAAAUUUAAUUGGACCACACGAUGAUUCGAAAUGUCUUGGCGAUUAUCUUGUUCCAGGUGGUGAACUUCGUCUUCGAUUAAAUGUUAAUGAUCCUAAUGUUGUUAAAUUGGAUGAUUUAUCUGGCGUUCAAAAAUUUGAGUUGGAUGAUGAAGAAUACUCUAAACGCAGUGAUUCAGUCCGAGCAUUCAAGAUGAAAAAUAAAUUGGGACGUUUCGCAGCCUCAACUGCCGGUGACGAUUCUAAUGAUGACGAAUGUGUGGAGCACAUGAAAUUAGGAGAUCGUUGUGAAGUGACAGUGAAAAAUAUGCCACCGAGACGUGGUUGUAUCAUGUAUAUCGGAAAGUUGGGCACCAAACCCGGUAUAUUCGUUGGUGUUCGUUAUGAUGAACCAUGGGGUAAAAAUAAUGGAACAUUCGAGAAUGUCAGAUAUUUUGAAUGUCCACCAAAUUAUGGAAGUUUUGUGAAACCGAAUUUGGUGAAAGUGGGCGAUUUUCCCGAACUUGAUGAUGGAUUAGAAUGAGAAGGGGAUAUAUGAAAGGAGUUAUAAAAUAAAUACAAAUUUCAAUAUUUCUA